AUGAGGAUUCUAUUACUUUUGGCCACUUGUACGUUGCCUCUGCUACAAGCAGCGGAAUACGACGACAUCGAUAUCCUCACAAACUACGAUGUCCAAUUUGCUACAUACACCGACAAUGGCGGGAAUAAUAAUGCCCCACAGCCCACUCAGAAACAGGGUUUCAGUCAGGGAAGCAGUUUGAGGAGUAUUGCCGAAGGUUCUUCCAGUGCUGCCAACAUGGCGGUCAACAAUCAGGACGCUGCUGGUCACCAAGCAGCCUAUGUGGCCAAAAACACGCUCGCUCAGUCUGCAGCUGCGGCGUCAGCCACGGCCCAAGCUGCACUGGCGGGAAAGCAAAUUCUGUUACAAGGACUCGAACAGCAAUUCAGGGAUGCUCAGCAAGGCCUGAUGGGCGAAAGACAGCAACUGAUGCAGGCACAAAGAGCGGCGGAUUCCACCCAGAGAGCAGCCGCCGAGGCCAGACAACACGUAAGCGUGUUGCAGAACACUUUGAACGCAGCUCAAGCGGCGUCAGAGCACGUCACCCAGGCGGCUUCAGAAGCUGCUGGCGAGCUGGCCGCCCAGCAAGCUAUGGUGGGCUCAGCCAUGGACCGUCUUGAGCAGAUAGGCAAGCAACUGGCAGCCGUCAGAAUCGACUUCGAAGCCACCAGGACCGCAGCACAGCAAGCCCAAGCCUCAGCGCAAGCGGCGGCGGCGAACGCGGCCGCCGCCGCUGCCGCAGCUGCCGCGGACCUUGCCAAGUCCGCAGGAAAACAACCACCACCACCACCACCACCACCAACUCAACAGCCCGCUAACAAUAACGGAAAGGGUCAAGGAGGCAACGGCGGCGGCAACGGCGGCGGCAACGGCGGCGGCAACGGCGGCGGUAAUGGUAACGGCAACGGUGGAGGUAAAGGGAAACCGUCUCAGAAUGACAACAAUAAGAAUUUUUAUCACCCCCUCUUCUAUGGAGAAAACUAA